UAGCUCGUUUGGUAGCUUCGGAACUAGUAGGUAAGGCGACACCUUUUCGAUUUACAUAACGCAGCCGAAAGAGAGUUACCAAAUGGACAAAGCUGUAACGACAAUAAAACGCAACACUAUCUCUGAUCGCAGAUAGAGGCCAUUAGACUAGUCGUUCCUUUAGAGUGUAAAAACGGCAACAGUUUCAGUGUUCUGAACAUGCGAAAGCACGCCCGUUAGAGAUAAUAUUUUAUGGAGAGAAUAUUUUCUCAAACGAUUUAAAAAAAUACUUCUAUGUGACACUGACAUUAAUGCUAGAAAUAUAGACGCAAAUUUUUACGGUCGUAUAAGCGCAUAGCAGCUUCGCAGUUCUAUAAAAUAAAGUCUUUCUUUGAGUGCGACUAAGAUUAGAGAACAAUUUACAUGUAAGGGCGGGAGCGUCCGGAUUUUGUUUUUCAAUCAUUAUUUACUAAGGGCUGAGAUAGCAAAAGACGGCGACAUUAUGUUUAUUACUCAGCAUUCUUAAACGUGGGUAUAACGUAGACUGUGCUGUGCGUAUGUAUAGGAAAGUGUACUACAAAGAUAAAGGAGAUUCCUUGAUCAAUCAUUUCCUUUAACACGAUUACUCAUCCCCCGGCUCUUUCUGUUCAUCCUGACACGAAACUCUACGACAGAUCCUCACCAGCCUUUGGAAGGAUAUGUCCGCAGUACAUUUUCAAGUCGGACAUAAGUUCUACUUUCUAUAACACUACUGUACCUAUAGUUAUAUAUAGGUCUUGAGGCCUUUCUCUAGGGAGUACAUUUUCUAAAAUUUAUUCGUUCCAAUUAUUCAAUUGUUCGUAUUCAUCCUUGAUGAUAAUAUUCGAUUCCAUUUAUAGAUUUUCGGUUUCACAAUCCGUAGUUAUAAGUUAUAUAUAUAAUAUAUAUUAUGAGAAGCCAAAGUCGUCCCUCGUUUUGGCCUCACAAUUUCUCCGUCUCUGGUGGGGGAAGAGUGGGCUCCUAGUUAAGAAUACGGGAGAGACCCUGCAAAAUGUAGGCUAUAAAACCCAGGAAAGUAAACAAUUAGAUCAAGGAAUACACUGUAGCAGUUUCAGUUUCCAGCGAUAACCAAAUCAUGCUGCCUAAGAUCGUGAAAGAGGUGAACCAAUUUUAUUGUUUGGCGCUGGGGAACUUGAACCUUUCUGCAGAUUACGGCCGUGCGAGAUUUCCGAACCAGAAGCAAAUUACAAAAUGGGUCGUAAGAAUGAAGAUUAUAAUAUUUAUAUUCGUUUAUUAAGGUAGAAUUGUAAUCGUCUUGAAAUUGCAUAUAUAGGCGUAGGUGCAGAGAGUAUUUGCUGUAUUUUGAGUGACUGAGAAAAACAUAAUUACUGUACAUGCUUCAAUACUACUGGAAUAGUAACUCAAAAAGCAAUCCUAUCUUCUAGUAAAUUCACUUCGUUUUUUAUCAAGUUUUUGAAAAAAAAAAAUUCGGUAUUUGAUAGGAACGAAAAUUUUUUGUUUUGCAAAGAUUUUAAUUAGCUGAAGAGAGAAUCUUUAAUAAUGUUGACGGCUUGUGUUGAUGAGCUCCCUAAUCCCCAUAAAAACUGCAUAAAAGAAUUAUUGGAUAGUAUGGUUUGCUACUAUUAUGAUUACCAACGCAUUAACGUUGAAUUAAAAAAUUUACGGCAAGAAUUUAAAAAGGAAGUUAAUGAAGUUGCCUAUCAGUACACGGAAAGGCGAAAAUUCGCCUGUGCCUCUCGGGAGACGUUAGAAGCUUUCGAAAAAAAAGUUGAAUCAAUCGAUUUGACUGUGGAAUGUUUCAAUAAACGUAUCGCUGAGAUGAAGGAGAAACGUGCCGAGGUUCUACGCAAUUCGAAAAAGUGUCUAACGAAUCUGCGCUUAGAAAAAUGCAAGCUGAAACAUUUCCACGAGAGAACGAUUGAUUACUUGAAGAAACAUUCGGUAAGCACCGAAGAUCCUAAAGUGAAGCAGAGAUGUGAAAAAGACAUUAACGAAAUGAAUAGGCAAUUCGUUAAAGAGGUAGCUUAUAUUAAAAAAUGCGAUGAUGUGUUAUUACCCUUUAUGAAAUUGCUGCACGAUUGUGAUAACACAUUAAUUUGUGAUUGCUAUUUCCAAGGUUAUGAUUGGCUUCCAUGCGGUGAAGGGGCACCAAUCAUUGAAGAAGUAGAGGGAGAAAUUAAGUGCGUAAUGGGUAGCACUCUGAUCAAAGCAUUUUCCAAUUGUUACAUCCACCAUCCAUCCGAUGAAAAAAGCUUCUUAUCUGCCUAUCUGAUGAAUUUGCAACAUAGCGAAGAUAUUAUGAAAGCAAAGUUGAAACUUUUCGAAUUACGCAAAUAAUAUAUUUUUUUUUACACACCAAUAAGUACCACACAACAUAUAUUUUCCCUCGUAAAUAUUUCAAUUUUAUGCAAAUAAAGAAAAUUUUAGUUUGU